AGACACUGAUUUAAAGUAUACUCAAAUAGGUUUGUUUGGUCAUCAUAAAAAAACAAAGUCUACGCGGUCCAUGAGAUCGUCCUAUGUAGUUCUGUGUAAAUAUAUGAAAGAAAGACAAGUCCAUGGUAGUAGACUUGGGGAUCAACACAGAAGCUUGGUCAUCUUAAUUCAGAGAUUGAUAUAGUCAGUUUCAAGAUGAUCCAAAAGUUGGGAGCAAGAGGAAUCAAGUUGAGUGAACGUUCGUGGGAUGAUGGAUCUGAUCAUGAUGAUGUAACAAAGAUAUUCGUACAAGGGAGUCGUCAAGGCAUAGCAUCCUUGUAUAUAAACUAUGUUAAGAAUGGAAAACCGAAAGAUGGAUCAAUCCAUGGUUUCUUUGACUAUGGUUUAACACAAACGUUUGAGAUCAACCAUUUACAAAACGAACAUCUUGAAUCUGUUGACGCGUACUACCACAUAAAGUCAUAUGAUUUGAAAGCAAUUCAAUUCAAAACCAAUUUCAGGACCUCUGAACUGAUGGGGUAUACUUAUGAGUGUACUAUGUUCACGCUAGCAGUCAAAGGAAAGAAGAUCAUUGGGUUUCAUGGAUCUGAUAGGGUACAGAUAUUCUCUCUUGGAGCUUACUUCACUUCUAUCACCCCUACGAGAUUAGAAGCCAAAGGUGGUAUGGGUGGCAAGAAGUGGGACGAUGGAUUCGACCAUGAAAUCCGUGGGAGGGACAUUCAUAGACCGAGGAGGGAUUACAUCGCUGAAAUUCAAACAUCCAAAGGGAGAAUUUCUCCAACAUAUGGAAACCUCUCAAAUGGAAGUCAUACCAAACUUGUGCUCGAGAACAACGGUUGCGCUCUUGUUGGCUUCUAUGGAUUAUCUUAUGGAUUACUUAGUAAUCUUGGAGCAUAUUUUUCUCCAACACCUCCAACUCCUGCUGGGGAAAAGUUAGAAGCACUAGGUGGCAGUGAUAUUGGAGGUGCUUCUUGGGAAGAUGGGAAUAAUUUCGAUGGUGUGAGAAAGAUAUAUAUAGGAAAAGGCGAGGUUUCUAUUGUAUUCGUCAAGUUUAUGUAUAGCAAGGAUAACAGGGUGGUGCUUGGAGCUGAUCAUGGUACCAACACAUUACAUGGAGUUGAAGAGUUUGAGCUGGACUAUCCAAGUGAAUACAUCACAACAGUGGAGGGAAAUUAUGAUAUAGUACAUGGAAGUGAUGAUCUUAAUGUUAUACUCAUGCUUAGGUUCAAGACUAAUAAACGAACCUCUCCAGCUUUUGGAUUCGGCAAAAUAUCAAGCUUUGUUCACCAUAAGCAAGGCUACAAGAUCGUUGGUUUCCAUGGGAUAUCCGGUAACAUGCUUCAACAAAUUGGUGUACAUGUCCUUCCCAUUACUGACGAGGGAGCAUCUACAUCAAACUGAACUCGAUCGAAACAUUCUCUACCAAGCUUGAUCAUACUUCUUUAAUAAAUCUCCUUAUCUUGUACUCGAAUACGUUGUUUGUCUUAUGUUAUUUGGUGUGUCUUUUUAA